AGCACGCCCAGGAUGAGCGCUGACGGCGGCAGCAAGCCCCUCAAGGUGGGCUCCCGUGUGGAGGUCAUCGGCAAGGGCCACCGAGGCACCGUGGCCUACGUGGGGGCCACCCUGUUCGCCACCGGCAAAUGGGUCGGGGUCAUCCUGGACGAGGCCAAGGGCAAGAACGAUGGCACGGUGCAGGGCAGGAAAUACUUCACCUGCGAGGAGAACCACGGCAUCUUCGUCAGGCAGUCCCAGAUCCAAGUGUUUGAGGAUGGAGCUGACACAACAUCCCCAGAAACCCCGGAAUCUGCUGCCAUGAAGGUCCCUAAGAGAGAUUCCCUUGAUGCCACCAAGGCCAGCAAACUGCCCACCCGGACCCCCACAUCAUCGGCGUCCGGCGGCACGGCCGGGCCCUCGGGCUCAGCCUCGGCGUCCGGCGGGGAGAUGAGCAGCAGCGAGCCUGGAACACCCGCCCAGACCCCACUGGUGGCCCCCGUCAUCCCCACACCCUCCCUCGGCUCGCCGGGGGCACCCCCGGUGCCCUCACCCACCAAGGAGGAGGAGAAUCUCCGUGCUCAGGUCAGGGACCUUGAGGAGAAGCUGGAGACGCUGAAAAUCAAGCGGAAUGAGGACAAGGCCAAGCUCAAGGAGCUGGAGAAGUACAAGAUCCAGCUGGAGCAGGUGCAGGAAUGGAAGAGCAAAAUGCAGGAGCAGCAGGCUGACCUCCAGAAGCGCCUGAAGGAGGCCAAGAAGGAAGCCAAGGAUGCCCUGGAAGCCAAGGAAAGGUACAUGGAGGAGAUGGCAGACACGGCCGACGCCAUCGAGAUGGCCACGCUGGACAAGGAGAUGGCCGAGGAGAGGGCAGAGUCCCUGCAGCAGGAGGUGGAUUCCCUCAAGGAGAAGGUGGAAUACCUCACCAUGGACCUGGAGAUCCUCAAGCACGAGAUUGAGGAGAAAGGCUCUGAUGGAGCAGCAUCCAGCUACCAGGUCAAGCAGCUGGAGGAGCAGAAUGCCAGGCUCAAGGAGGCUCUUGUCAGGAUGCGGGAUUUGUCUGCCUCAGAGAAGCAGGAGCACGUGAAGCUCCAGAAGCAGAUGGAGAAGAAGAACACGGAGCUGGAGUCGCUGCGGCAGCAGCGGGAGAAGCUGCAGGAGGAGGUGAAGCAGGCAGAGAAGACGGUGGAUGAGCUCAAGGAGCAGGUGGACGCAGCGCUGGGUGCUGAAGAGAUGGUGGAGACUCUGACAGAGAGAAACCUGGAUCUGGAGGAGAAGGUCCGGGAGCUGCGUGAGACCGUCGGGGACUUGGAAGCCAUGAACGAGAUGAACGACGAGCUGCAGGAGAACGCCCGGGAGACGGAGCUGGAGCUGCGGGAGCAGCUGGACAUGGCCACGGCGCGCGUGCGCGAGGCCGAGAAACGCGUGGAGGCCGCGCAGGAAACCGUGGCUGACUACCAGCAGACCAUCAAAAAAUACCGGGAGCUCACGGCUCACCUGCAGGAUGUGAACCGGGAGCUGAUGAGCCAGCAGGAAGCAUCUGCAGAGAAGCAGCAGCAGCCGCCCCCUGAGAUGUUCGAUUUCAAGAUCAAAUUUGCAGAGACGAAAGCCCACGCCAAGGCCAUUGAGAUGGAGCUGAGGCAGAUGGAAGUGCAGCAGGCCAAUCGCCACGUGUCCCUCCUCACCUCCUUCAUGCCCGACAGUUUCCUGCGCCACGGCGGCGACCACGACUGCGUGCUGGUGCUCCUGCUCAUCCCACGCCUCAUCUGCAAGGCCGAGCUGAUCAGCAAACAGGCGCAGGAGAGGUUCGAGCUGAGCGAGAGCUGCGCGGAGCGGGCGGGGCUGCGAGGAGCGCCGGGGGAACAGCUCAGCUUCGCCGCCGGCCUCGUCUAUUCCCUGAGCCUGCUCCAGGCCACGCUCCACAAAUACGAGCAGGCCCUGAACCGCUGCAGUGUGGAGGUGUACAAGAAGGUGGGGACCCUGUACCCCGAGAUGAGCGUCCACGAGCGCUCCCUGGACUUCCUGAUCGAGCUGCUCCACAAGGACCAGCUGGACGAGACUGUCAACGUGGAGCCUCUCACCAAAGCCAUCAAGUACUACCAGCACCUGUACAGCAUCCACCUGGCCGACCAGGCUGAGGACUGCACCCUGCAGCUGGCUGACCACAUCAAGUUCACCCAGAGUGCCUUGGACUGCAUGGGGGUGGAGGUGUGCCGGCUGCGGGCCUUCCUCCAGGCCGGGCAGGAGGCGGCCGACCUGGCCAUCCUGCUCAAGGACCUGGAGACGUCGUGCAGUGACAUCCGCCAGUUCUGCAAGAAGAUCCGGCGCCGCAUGCCGGGCACGGACGCGCCGGGAAUUCCCGCAGCCCUGGGCUUCGGAGCGCAGGUGUCGGACACGCUGCUGGAAUGCCGGAAGCACCUGACAUGGGUGGUGGCCGUGCUGCAGGAGGUGGCAGCGGCCGGGGCUCAGCUGAUCGCCCCGCUGGCCGAGAACGAGGGGCUGCCAGCCCCACGCCUCGAGGAGCUGGCCUUCAAAGUCAGCGAGCAGAUUUACGGCUCCCAGGGCAUCAAUCCCUACGAGUGCCUGCGCCAGUCCUGCAGCAUCCUCAUGGCCACCAUGAACAAAAUGGCCACGGCCAUGCAGGAGGGCGAGUACGACGCCGACCGCCCGCAGAGCAAGCCCACGCCGCCGGCGGAGCUCCGGGCGGCCGCGCUCAGGGCGGAGAUCACGGAUGCUGAGGGGCUGGGGCUGAAGCUGGAGGACAGGGAGACGGUCAUCAAGGAGCUGAAGAAAUCCCUCAAGAUCAAGGGCGAGGAGCUCAGCGAGGCCAACGUGCGGCUCAGCCUCCUGGAGAAGAAACUGGACAGCGCAUCCAAGGACGCCGAUGACCGCGUGGAAAAGAUCCAGACCAAGCUGGAUGAGACCCAAACUCUGCUCAAAAAGAAGGAGAAGGAGUUUGAGGAGACCAUGGACGCUCUCCAGGCUGACAUUGACCAGCUGGAGUCGGAGAAGGUGGAGCUGAAGCAACGCCUGAACAACCAGUCCAAGAGAACGAUCGAGGGGCUGCGGGGGGCCCCGGCCUCGGGCGUGGCCUCCAUCGUGUCCGGCAUCGCUGGAGGUGUUGGUGCCGGGCAGGUGCCGGGAGGUGGCUCUGGCCCCGUCCAGGUGAAGGAUUCACCUCUGCUGCUCCAGCAGAUCGACGCCUUGCAGCUCUCCCUGAAACACCUCAAGAACGAGAACAACCUGCUCAAGGGUGCCCAGAUGAAGAUGGAGCUGGCCAGCCUGGCCCCUCUGCAGGUGCCACGGGUGGCCGUGGCCCGGGAGCGCCCGGGCGAGGGGCUGCCCACGCAGAGCCUCUACCGCAAAACCACGCAGCUCCUGGAGACCCUCUACCAGCUCAGUGCCAACGCCAAGGUGGUGGACAUGAGGCAGAGCAAAUCCACGAGGAGCUCGUCAGCGCGGCUGCUGGAGCAGACAGCCCGGCUCUGCGCCCUCAAGAACUCCAUCGACGCCCUCAAGGACGACACGCUGAGGGAAAUGGUUCAGCAGCAGCCGGGUGCCGGUGUCUCCACCACCUUUGGCACCUUCCCGUCCUCUUCCUUCCUAAAGGCCAAGCAGGAGCAGGCGCAGGGCCCGGCGCUGUGCGGGCGGGUCACGAUCCCGUGCGCGCCGGGGCACGGCCAAGCCCACCGGGUGCUGCUCACCCCCGACCUGCUCCAGCACCUCCGGCAGCACUUCGUCGCCUGAGCCGCCCCCGAGGGACCCCCACCCCGCUGUCCCCUCC